AUGGCUUUUGCCUCAGUGAUUUGUCUCAAGAACACAAUUGAGCGGCUCACAAAUUCAUCCAAAAUCGUGCUCCUUCCACCCUCUCAACAAAUCAUAGAAUUUACCCACAAAAAGCUUCAAUCUUUGCAAGAAAUUCUCGAAAAAUUGGACAGCAGCAGCAAGAGCUCCACCAGGAACAGAGUAAAUGCUCUGGAUGCAGAAAUCAGAGACAUUGUAUCCAAAUUCGAAGAUGCACUCCAUUUCCGCCUCUCGCGUCAGAUUUCUUCACAAUCUCAGCCAAACCAUCCAUCGAAAUUCUCCAUAGAUCUGCAGGACCUUGCUCGUGAUGUCGAUUCGUUCAUCGAAACGGCGGAGAAGAUGGAGGAGCAGUACGCGAAUCUGCUGGAGAAUCUGCUGCCCGAGGGAGAAGACAAAGCUGCUGAUUUUGACGGAAGCAAAUCGAAGAUGGUUGGAUUAUCCGAUCUGUUCGGUAAUUUCAAACGUAUGUUCACCGUCCCCAACUAUUUUGGGCUGCCGAUUUUCGCUCUCGUCGGAAUGGCGGGAAUCGGUAAGACUACUCUUGCUAAGGAGAUAUAUUAUGAUCCUCUGAUUUUGAGCCAUUUUGAUUGCUGUGCUUGGGUUAAAGUAGGUAGAAAAUGUGAAUUGAGUGAAAUCCCUUGGCACAUUCUUGCUCAAGUAGAUAAAUCUUUUGGAGAUGGAGAUGGAGAUGGAGAUUGUGAAAUGAUAAAUCAGCGUUUAUAUGAAUUUUUGAAGGAUAAAAGAUACUUGAUUGUGUUGGACGAUGUGUGGGAAACGAAGGUUUGGGAUUAUUUGGAGUGUUGUUUUCCGAAUAGCGAUAAUGGAAGAAGCCGGAUCUUGAUUACAACUAGGCUGAUGGAAGUAUGUGAUCACUGCAAUAGUAGAGCAAGAACUGUGCCUUUUCUGAAUAAAGAGGAGAGUUGGGAUCUUUUCUGGGAGAAGGUGUUUGGUGAGGAAUGGUGCCCUCCUAAACUCGAGGAAGCGGGGAGGAAGAUUGUGAAGCAUUGUGAUGGCCUUCCUCUCACUAUAGUCAAAGUUGCGGAGCUCUUAUCUAAAGUGGAUAUCACGGUUGAGUACUGGAAUGAGGUGGCAUCGGACAAAGAGAACUCUGUUUUCCUGGAGGUGUACUGUGAAAUAUCAGAGAUACUAUUUCCGAGUUAUGAAUACUUGCCUCAACGUUUGAAGCCAUGCUUUCUUUAUAUGGGUGUUUUUCCUCAAGAUUAUGAGAUUUCGCGGUCCAAACUUGUGGAUAUGUGGAUGGCUGAGGGGUUUCUUGUGCCAAAUAUUGAAGAAACAUUAGAAGAUUGUGCUACAAAGUGUUUGGUUGAGCUUGUUUCCCAUAGUCUCGUCGUAGUGUGUGAGGAGAGCACCAUACUUCGUCGUAAGGUGAAAACUUGUCGCCUUCAUUCUUCCCUGUGGCACUUUUCUAAGAUGGAAGUUCGCAAGAACAAGUUCUUCAGUGUCCUAAAUAGCCGCGCCUAUGGUCUUGGAGAAGGUUUUGAAGGUGGACGGAGAUUUUCCAUCCACAACAACGUUUUGUUGGGUAUAAAAGAUGUGUGUGAUACAUUAGAAGAUGAAUGUGCAAUUACUGCACGUUCCCUCCUAUGUGUUGGUCCGUAUCAUUGCUAUCCGGUACCCUUAGGCUUCGGUUUGAGGUUUCUCAGAGUACUCAAAGCUCUUUCGAUCCGAUUAUAUGAAUUUCCAACGGAAGUGUUGGAACUAGUCCAGUUGAGAUACCUUGCCCUUACGUACAAUGGAGAUCUCCCUGGUUCCGUGUCCAAACUCUUUAACCUUCAGUUCUUGAUUAUCCAUCGCCAUCUGAGCAUUAUAUCGAAUCCAUCUCAAUCUUAUGUGCCUCUAGAGAUAUGGGAUAUGCAAGAACUAAAGCAUCUACAGAUAAUGGGAAGCGACCUACAAGAAACUAGUUCUGGCGCGUUCUUGGAAAACCUACGAACACUUUUAGAUGUGAGUGUUGCUAGCUGCACCAUUGGGGUUCUUCAGAAAAUCUCCAAUCUAGAAAAGCUUGGUAUCCAAAUUGAGUUGGUGCCUGAUGAUGAUGGUGAACCUUUUCAAUGUUUGAAUCAAAUUUCUUGUCUUGAUAAACUAAAAUCACUUAAAUGUAUUGUUCUGAAUCCUGAGCUAAUGCCCGAGCCUGGGUUUGCUGCUCCUGUCUCAAUGUUCCCAUCGAGCCUAGUAAAGUUGCACUUGAGCGGGCUGUGCUAUCCUUGGGAAUAUAUUAAUACUGUUGGUUUGUUGCCGAAGCUCCAUGUGCUGAAAUUGAAAUGCUAUGCCUUUCGAGGCCCGAAGUGGGAAGUCGAUGACUUUAAAUUCCAAAGGCUUCGGUCCCUCGUGAUCGAGGAUACGGAUUUGGUCGAAUGGAAGGUGGGAAGUGGAUGCUUCUCAAGGCUUAGGCAUAUCAGCAUAAAACAUUGCUACAACUUGGAGGAGUUCCAUUGGGAUUAUGAUUAUUAUUUCAAGGAUGUUGAAGUAUUUGACAGCAACCCUUUAGCUGAAGCUUUUUUUAACCAGAUAAAAGAUAGAAAAGAACGUCGUUUCCUUCGCGUUGGCUUCCAUUCUUCGUGGGAGGAUGGUAGUCGCGGAUAG